GAGACUGGACUCUAAUGAUCUGGUGUGUGACUGUCAGCUGAUGUGGCUAGCUGAGCUGCUGAAGAAGUACAGCAGUGUUGGCAGCACCCAGGCUGCCGCCACCUGCAAGUAUCCAAAGGCACUGGAGGGGAGAUCUGUGUCCACCAUCACUCCGGAGGAGUUCCACUGUGUGAAACCUCACUUCACUGCGGAGCCUUCUGAUGUUGAUGUUACCCAUGGCAACACGGUGUACUUCAGCUGUCACGCGGAGGGAGACCCCAAACCUGAGAUCGUCUGGCUCCACAACAGUAAUGAGGUCCAGAUCGACGAUGAGCGGCACAACAUGUUGGAUGACGGAACUCUGAUGAUCCAGGACACUCGGCCGGAGGACCAGGGCAUGUACGAGUGUAUGGCCAGGAACAUCGCCGGCGAAGUCAAGACCAAACCUGCAGAACUCAGAUACUUCAAUAGCCCAGCGAGCCCCACGUUCACGGUGAGUCCCCAGGACACCGAGGUGCUGGCUGGACAGAGCGUCACGCUGGAGUGUAGCGCCUCGGGGUACCCACUGCCAGAAAUCACGUGGUCCAGGCACGACAGACCGGGCCCCUCCCCGGCGCUGCCGACCGAUCCACGCUUCACCGUGAUGCGGUCCGGAGCGCUACACAUCACGAACGUGCGGCAGGAAGACCACGGGCUGUACCGCUGCGAAGCCGCCAACGAUCAGGACACCAUCGUGGCCACCGCCCAGCUCAUCGUACAAGCAGUGCAACGCACGCAGGUAACCAUGACUGGAAAGAGUCUUUCUCUCGGAUUUUUCAUUUUUAUUUGUGUCAAGCUGCUAUUUUUCUGCCAGCAGUGUAGUGCGGAGGGCAGCUAUUAUCUGUAUCGGACUCGCAGCCCCCCCAAACUGCGCUCGGUGCUGUACAACCUGGGCCUGUCACAGUCACGUCCCGUACAGAGAGCUGGCACCGUGUCCAACCAGUUGUCACCUUCCUCCCCCCAGGGCUAUUCUUCAUAUUAUGUGGUGUCUCAACCGUCAACCUCCAGGGCAGCAACAGCGAUCAGUCGAGGAAACAACAGGCAACAACAACGUGUACAGCCAUCUUCUUCGUCAUCGGGAUUUCCCAAUCGCGGCGCAAGGACCAAAGUUAAGAACAGACGUCGUCCUUCCGUAACUCCCGCAAGCGGUGGCGGCAUUCCUACUCAAGACAACAUAGUGCACGGAAGCGUGAACACCCUCAAUAGGAACAGGCUCGACUGUCACGGAGGGAUUUGCAGGAACACGCAGACCUCGACACAGGUGAGGAGGAGGUACCAGUACCCGUACGUCUACUACACGGUCGGCGCCACGCAACGGUGGAUCACGAUCCGCCCCAUGACAGGUGGGGACAAGAAGACGAAGAAGGGAAAAAAGCCGGCGGCGGUAGAAGAAGAAGAGUUGCCAACGGUGACAGAGAAACCGCAACCGCCAAUCACGGAGCCGCCGAUGGUGGUCACCCCGGGUUGGACCGACAUCAGCUUCCCAGCGGGCGGAUACGAGGCACAAAAUGAUCAAGACGUCAGCGGAGCUGCAAGAGACACUCACUCGAAGAUUGAUGAUGCCAGGAAGAAGCCACCGAGCCUCCUUCAGAAAGUCCUGACGUCAAGCGAAGACGACUUGAAGAGGGAGAAGGAGAUAAAUGCGAACUUCGUUGCCUACCUCAGCGACGCGAUGAGGCCAGCGGAACGGGAGGAGAGCAUCAGCGAGGAGUGGAACUCGUUCAUGAAACAAGACACCGAUGUGAAACCCGACACCAAUUCGAAACCCGACACCGUCAGGAGCAACGUGGACGAAGAAUCAAAGAGCCCUCGGGAGACAGGCGACGUAAAACUCAACACGUUUGCGGUGACUUACGACAGAGGAAAUGUCGUGGUAGACGGAAGAAACACAGGAAACAAUAACUUACAAUCUGGAAGUAGUAGUACCGGUAGUAGUAGUAGUAGCUCGGUGGAAACGUCUACAACUCACAGCAUGGCAAGGAAGAAAGUUGAGAGAACUGGCAGGGUGAGCAACACCUAUCGUGUCACGUACGAGGAAAGCCAACCAGCCGAUCAAGUUACUACCGGUGCUGCCGGUAAUUCGAAAAAGGCGACAGCAGAAGCCGGAAAGACAAGCUCGUUAGGCCAGCCGGCUGUGUUGAAAAAGGUCGAGAGAGCACCCACCGGUUCAAAUUCCUUCCUAGUUACAUACGAAGAAGAAGACCCUACUAAUGUCCCACCCUCUCGCAAUGCGAAAAAGACUUCUCUGACACUAUCCCAUUCCCAAACAGAAGAUGAAAGUACAAGAAACAAUGUUGAACACAGAAUAGCUGAACCCAGGACCUACCAAGUCACAUAUCGCGACGGAAGAAUCGUGACCAAAGUCGUAGGCCAAAGUGAAGCGUCACGAAGAACUGAUGACGUAGAACAUUCGUCAGAAAGUUACGGCCAAAUUGCAGAAAUCGUGUCAGGCGAAUCCAAUGACGACAACACACCAAAACCUGCAGCUUCAAACUCAAGAAGUACAACAAGUUCCAGCAACAAUGCAGAAGAAACUCCUGCACAGAUGAGGGCAAGGAUAGCCGAGAUGUACAACCUGCAGAUACAGCGUUCGCUGAACAACAGAAACAGGGAACAACUCCGCCUACAACUGGCAAACCAGGGUCAGACCGCAAGAAACCGCGCCACCAUUCUCAGCCGACCGAUACCAGCUUCUGCAGGCCAGUCCACUUCAACCACAACAAGUCAGGGAUCUCAAAGAAACAUGGGUGGUCAACUCUACAGACUUUUAGGUAGGCAAGAAAGUAGGGGGAAUCCUCCCACAAGACAAACUGGACAAACGAGUAGUAACUCCCAGGACUUAGAAAGGAGUGAAGAUCGGCAACAUGAAAGUCGGGUAGUAAUUGAGGAGGAGGAGCAACCAAGGGUUAGACACAGACUGAGACAUGACAGAAUAGGCCACAGGGAGGGUCAAAUUAACAGUCAAUACGGACAGAUUGCAAACAUUGGUGAGUCCGAAGAAGUGGCAGUUGGAAACAGUAACAACCCCACCGCCGAUUCUGCAUCGUUAGAAGAGAUAGAAGAAGAACACGGUUACUUGAACAGCCCUCCCAACAUCAUUGUUGACAGGCAAAGAGCAAACCCACACCGCAACAGGCCCUUCAUAGAGCAGAGGUACCUGAAUUCGCUCGCAGAUGUAGUCCAAAACAGCCACCCAGCACAAAGAGGCCACAAUACGGACAGAAGGAAUGACCAGGGAAGGAGGCAAGCUGCUCCCAGGAUCACAGUCCGGCCCCAGGAUGCUGAUGUGGUGGAGGGGACAUCGGUGGAGUUUGACUGCAGAGCCGAGGGGCACCCCACUCCCGUCAUCGUGUGGACAGUCAACGGUAACCAGCUACCAGACGACCGGCGUUUCACCGUGCUGUCCUCCGGAAUCCUGCGCAUCUCCCGUGUGACCUCGUAUGACCGGGGGACGUACGAGUGUCAGGCCGUCAACGUGGCGAGCGUGGACAGGGCACGGGCCGACCUCACCGUCAAGGCCAGAGUGACCCCAACGUUCACGGAGACACCGACAGACCUGACAGUGCAGCCGGGAGGGGAGAUCAGCCUGCCGUGUAGCGCCGUAGGGGAGCCUCAGCCAGCGAUUACAUGGAGCAAAGAUGGCAUACAGAUCUCAGAAAGCAGCAAGUACGGCCUGAGUGCCAUCGGCCAUCUGAUCAUCCGAGGAGUGGACCAGUCCGACACGGGGCGGUACGAGUGUUCCGCCAGAAACACCAUAGGCUUUGCCUCCACAAGCAUGCAGUUCACUGUGCUGGUUCCAGAAACCAACAACUUCAUCGGAGAUCCAUUUGUGGGGCCGUCCAUACAGCAGGCCAUCAACAGUGUGGAUCGCGAAAUCAACAGGACCAGAAACGACCUCUUCUCCAGGCCCACACGGCCUCGCACUCCCUCUGAACUGCUGCAGUUGAUGCGGUUCCCGUCCCCUGAAGCCCUGAGCCUGGCACGUGCGGCGGAGGUUUUUGAGCGAACGCUGCAGCUGGUGCGACAGGAGGUGGAGCACGGGAUGAAACUCAACCUGGAGGAUUCGGAGUACUCCUACACAGAGCUGAUCUCCCCCAGCCACCUUCGCCUGGUGGCAAACCUGUCAGGGUGUUCCACCCACCAGCAGACGGUCAACUGUUCCGACAGGAUAUGCUUCCACCAGAGGUACCGAUCCUUCGACGGGACGUGCAACAACUUCCAGCACCCCAUGUGGGGGGCGGCCCUCACCCCCUUCAGGCGUCUGCUCAAACCCAUCUACGAAAAUGGCUUCAACACACCAGUAGGAUGGAACAGGUCACACCUGUACUUUGGGUUCUCCAAGCCCAGUUCGCGAGGAGUGUCCACCCAGGUCCUGUCCACUUCCACCACCACUCCGGACUCUAGGUACUCUCACAUGGUGAUGCAGUGGGGACAGUUCCUGGACCAUGACCUUGACCUUGCCGUGGAGAGUUCGAGCGAGUUCACCUUCAGCACGGGCCUGAGGUGUAACGAGACCUGCGACAACACCCCGCCGUGUUUCCCCAUCGAGAUCCCCCGCGGGGACCCCAGGAUUCGACACAGAUGCAUGGAGUUCAGAAGAUCGAGUGCUGUGUGCGGCACAGGCAGCACGUCCCUCUUCUUCAACGAGGUCACUCCCAGAGAACAGAUUAACACCCUGACCUCGUUCCUUGACGCCUCAAACGUCUACGGGAGCAACGACCUCUACGCCACCCAGAUUCGGGACCUAUCCAACCGGCUGGGGUUACUCAAGGGCGGGCUGCGGCAGGCCAACGGGAAGUACCUGCUGCCGUACAACACCGAGCUGCCGAUCGACUGCCAGAGAGGGCAGCACGAUAGCCCCAUCCCGUGCUUCCUGGCGGGCGAUGUGCGCAGCAACGAGCAGCUGGGGCUCCUCUCGAUGCACACGCUGUGGAUGCGCGAGCACAACCGCGUCGCGAGGGAGCUUCGUCGGCUGAACCCGCACUGGGACGGCGACACGAUCUACCACGAGGGGCGGAAGAUCGUCGGCGCGGAGAUGCAGCACAUCACGUUCGCCCACUGGAUGCCGAAGUUCGUCGGGCAGAAGGGCAUGGAGCUCAUCGGGGAGUACCGAGGCUACGACCCGAACACGGACCCCAGCAUCAUCAACGCUUUCGCCACCGCCGCGUACCGAAUCGGCCACACGCUGAUCAAUCCAAUGAUCUUCAGACUCAACGCCAGCUUCCAGGAGAUCCCGGAGGGACAUCUGCCCCUCCACCAGGCAUUCUUCUCUCCCCAGCGGGUCGUGGAGGAGGGAGGAAUCGACCCGGUCCUCCGGGGACUGUUCGCGACGCCGCUGAAGCAGCGGAACUCGCGCGAGUUCGUGAACACGGAGCUGACGGAGCGGCUUUUCGAGAUGGCGCACCACAUCGCGCUGGACCUGGCCGCGCUGAACAUCCAGCGGGGACGGGACCACGCGUUGCCGGGGUACAACGACUGGCGGACGCUGUGCAACAUGACGGCAGUGAAGGACUGGGACAGCUUGAGGCACCAGAUCUCUGACCCCCAGCUGAGGGACAGGCUACGACAGUUGUACGGUCACCCCGGCAACCUGGACCUGUUUGUUGCGGGAGCAGUGGAGGAUCUCGUACCAGGCUCGCUGCUGGGUCCAACCUUCCUCUGCAUCAUCACUCAGCAGUUCAGGAACAUCAGGGAUGGAGACAGGUUCUGGUACGAGAACCCCGGUGUGUUCAAGCCCUCCCAGCUGACUCAGCUCCGACAGACCAGCCUGGCGCGGGUCCUGUGCGACAACGGCGACAGCAUAGACAGAGUACAGCAUGACGUGUUUCUGAAUGCAGACUUCCCAACCGGAUACGUCUACUGUGAUAACGUUCCAAGGAUGGACCUCACCGCAUGGACAGAGUGCUGCGAAGACUGCGCCAACUCUGCAGAAUUCGGCACUGUGUCCGGAACAUUCCGUAAGCGACGCUCCGCCCGGUAUUCCGAGCGGCCGGAUUCCGUAAACUUCCUGGAGACUGCGAAGCAGAGAAGAAGAACGGCGAAGAUGGGAAAACAGAAGGAAUUCGUAGCCAUGAAACACAGACGUAGCGGCGGCAGUAAACACAGACUCUCCAAGCCUAGACAUGACAGGGUUGACACAGUGGCGGAGUAUCAUGCUUUGGGACAGAACGUUACUCUAACUCAUGAGUCGGACCGAGUGUCGCGGUUGGAGUACGGCAUGAUGAUGAUGCAGGACAUCGCGGGGGACCUGCAGAGAGCCGUCUCGCAGCUUACAAGAAAGGUGCGGGAGUUUGAGGUUCAGCUGGAGCACCUGCAGACAUGUAAAGACGAGGAGGGGAACAGGUACCAGGACGGAGAAACCUGGGACCCAGACGACUGCACAGCAUGCAGAUGUCAGGAAGGAAAGGCCACGUGUGUAAGACAAAAGUGUCCAGAGAAGAGCUGUGCGAAACCACUACUGAUACCAGGGGAGUGUUGUCCUGUAUGUGUGUAACCAAAAUAAGCACAGCAGUCACUUUAAGGUCUAGGAAAUAGUUCUCAAACUUCCAAAGUUCUGUUUUAUUCAUUUGUUGUCCCCCAGGAGUUAAGAUUUAAUAGCUUUUUUUACAGGAAAGCUCUUUUUUUACAGUAGAGUUCCCUUCCCAACAUGACUUGUACGAUACUUCAGAAUUUCUGUUUCACUUUGUUUCCCCGUAUUCAUUUGUUGCUUUCCUCGAGUUACAUGUAAGAUUAGCACAAGCAUCUUUUUUUUUCCAGGCCUUUUUUUUCCAGUUUCCUUCCCUGCAUCAAGUAUUGUACAACUUUGUAUUAAGAUUAAUGUACAUGUAUUUGUCAUGGCUAUGUCAUGUCAUCCUUUUUAUCCAUGAUGAGUUUAUACAUUUACAUUAGGAGAUAGAAGAAGUUAUUUUUUCCUUUUUUUUCCAAAUCAUACCUUAAAAAAGCACAAAGCAACAUGUUGUCAUCAGGAAUUUGACUACUGAUUGAUAUAUAUGGCUUUUGGGAUUGCUUAAAUUCAGCUUGGUGCCAGAAAGGGUAAUUUAGGUGAUGUUUGGUACUUAAAAAGAGACAUGUACAUGUACAGUCAUGUAUACAAGGUAACCCUGGUGCCUCAACUCUUACAAAAGCUUAUUUUCGGUACUUAAAAUGGAUAAUGUGCCAUGACCCUUACAAAACUUCUGGUUAAGCUUGUAGACCACGAGACAUGUAAUACACUGUACAGUAGAUGUUUCAACGAUACAUUUUUAUUACAAUAUAUUAUAUAACACUGAGAUUCUUG